CUAUGCAAACCUGUUCUGGUAUAACCCCUAAAUAAGAUUUUGAACCUUAAAAUGAGCAUAAUAUGACCACUUUAAGAGCUACUCUGCUAUAAAGGGACAUGUCGUAAUUGAUUGUUGUUGUGUUGAUAGUUGUAACACACUCAGCAUUUUGGACCCAGCCCAAAGAUGUUCAAGCCAGGAAAUGGUCUCACAAGAUUGGAUAUUUAAAAUGCAUAGUAGUAGAGGUGUAAAACAAAUUUUACCAGCUACAUUAGUAACCUAAUGUGUAUGUACCAUACAAAUAUUAUGCAGAUGACGGAGACGAUAUGUAACUAAAUAGUUUCUGUUAUGACACAAAUGCAUAGGGUUGUUGUGUGAUGAUAGACUGAGAUAGGAGACUGCAGUGAAUAUAGAUGCUGUUGUCUAGUGCCCUCUUAUUGAUUACACAGUUAGUGCACAGCAAUGUUAAAGCUUUUCAGGUUGUAGCAUGAUAUCAGUGGAGCUGCUGACCCAGUUUCAUGCUGGUCUGAUGCACAGCAGGUCCUGGGACACCUGAGCAGCCAGACCACAGUGACCUCACCACUGGUCUCAAGUCUGAGACUUGCUGCUAACUGUGUUAUCUGUAAUGUAGACACAUUCAAUCAGUUAGACAACAUGAACAAAGAGCCCACUAGAUAUCGCCUAACACUCUACAGACAUACUGAAUGUGUUUAAUGACAUGAAGCAAAUAAAUGUCAUCAUCAUCUCUCAGUUAACAUCUCAGGACUAGUGGGAUAUAAUCAACUGGGAAGUUGAUAAUUAAACAAUUUACACAGUUUACAGUUUACUCUUUAGGAAGAAUUUCAUUACAGAGUUUAUUUAUGGAAAACAGUAUUAGCAAAGUUCACACAUUCUGUGGCUAGUUUAGCCUACCCUUACACUUAACUUUUUUUAAUUGCCUUAUGGCUGCAUAUCCCCACACAUAGUAUAAAGGCACACAUAAAAACAAUUUUUGGGAUUCCAAAAAUGGGAUAACUUGUUUUAUUAAAUCUACAGGGAAGUCAUUUCCCCCUUCAGAUUCCCCUUUUAAGCUAUUUUCUACCAAAACAAGUCAUAAUAUUGUUUUUUAGUAGUUGAGAUAGUAGUAAUUAUUUAAAUAUAUCUUGCAAUUUUUGAACUGAAUUGUAGUUAUGAGUUUCUGUACCUAUGCUGAUUUGAUUUUCAUCUACAGUCUCAUGGCUGGUCACAAUAAAAAAAUUUAUAAAAACAGACUACAGCCAACACAAACUUAGCUCUGUAUAACAUGUCUUAAUCUCACAAGUUUGCAGUCACAUGAUAAAACAAACCUGGGUGUGACUACCUUGUAAUGCUCCAGGUAGAUUUCAUAGAAAGAUGGAGGGUGUGUCAGCACUCGUGAGCGUGUUUGUGUAUGUAUGUGUCACUGCUGCUCUGACAUACACAGAGGAAUUUGCAGAGAAUGCAAGAAAAAUGUUAAUAUUUCACCAUGAUAGACCUGAUUAUUUAACGUCAGUGUUGUUCUUCAUGGUUCCAAGUUGUUUUAAUCCCAGCUGGAGCCACUCACAGACACCAGUGGUAACAUAUUCAAAAUCAGACACAGAAAAAACUAAAUAAGACCCUUUCUAAGGUUUCCUUUCAGAUAUCAGAGGCUGGCAUCUGUCUCACUUGCAGAGACGGUGUGAAUAGAGGGUAGCACAUGACAUCACUAUAUGUAGAAGUUGCCAUGGUUUCUCCCCCUUGAAUGAAUGGCCAUGAUGAUGAAAACACUGAGAAAACACUGAUAAAACAGUAAAGGGUUGUUGUGCAACCGACUGCACAAACAGAUUCAGGAAGACGUUUUCACAGACUGCUGAAGGCUAAAGAGAAGUAAAGCAACCAUACUUUUUAAACCAGACAAGUUGUUUCCUUAAAGAAAAUAGGUUAAAAAAAACUUGUCCAGACCUUUCCAUAGACAAACAGAAUAUCCUCUGAAGUCCAGGUGAUUUUAAUCAGGCUGACAAAUCCUACUUUAAGGCAUCUGCAUUUCUUACUUAGAUGUAUUCUUCCACCCUCACUGUGUGUGUUGCUGAACAGCUAUGCAGCGAGCUGAACACACUUCCAAUAAAGGAAGGAGGUUGAAGAUAGUGGAUUGAAGCAAUUCUAACAAAGAAACUGGACUCACUAGAGUAUAGACUAGCAGAAAUAAAGAAUUAUCAGUGAAAAAUCAAUGAUAAUACCCAUAUGAAGUAAAUAAUGUAAUUAAUAUACAUAAAGUUUACAAGAAGAAAAGUAAAGAAAGGUAAUUUGCAGCCCAAUAGUAAAUCAACAGUCUGUUACUUAGACUGUUGCAUUAGCGCAUUAGCUCCAGAUAGCUAGUAGUGGCUAGCUUUGUUAGCAGUAAGCUGAUCGUUCAUCAUCAUGGAAAACAAAAUUUUAUCGAAUCACAAAUCAACAAUUACAAAACAAGUGUAAUACAGCACCUGUAGAUUAAAUAUGCUUGUCAAUAUCAGCGUGUACACAGAUCCAACAAAAAACUGGAGCUGCGACUCCUGUGUUCAUCAUUCACUCUACUCCUUACAGUAUAUAAUGGACGCACAGCAGUUUUUCAUUUACUCAUUUAGCUGACACUUUUGUCCAGAGUGACAACUGCUAUAUAUGUCAGAGGUUGCACACCUCUGGAGCAACUAGGGGUUAAGUGUCUUGCUCAGGGACACAUUGGUGGAUGUGUCGCAGUGGUAAACAAAACCAGGUGUCUCAUAUCAAAGGCAUAUGUCAACUAUUAUUGCCAACCCCAACAGUGAGAAAUAAAUCCAGAUUUUGGAAACAGUUUUCGUUCCAGCGAGUGUCUCUGUAGUGGGUACAUUUACACAUUCAAAAUGCAGUUGCUCAACUAAAAGUAAGUAAGUGGAUGGCACCAUAUAUUAAAUAGGGAGUGAUUUUGGACACAUUGUGGAUGUAACGAUGGCUGUCUUUAAAUUUUUACACUAACAAAUUGAGUAUGUAGUGUGUAUGUGAGAAAAAAGUAUACUCAACCUCCCCAAAAUGCACUGCGUCUCGUCAGACUGCAUAAUGUCUGUAAAAUAAUUAUAAAUGAUGGAGAAUGAACGUGAAACAGAAGCUACACUAUUACAGAAACUUCCGCUGAAAUCCCUUAUCUCAGUUUAGGAUGACAUUUACGGUUUUUGGUAUAACAGAAACUUGUUACUGCAUUUAGGAAAAAAGUUAUAACUGCUAAAAGUGGCAGCACCACUGUUGUUGGGUCUUAAUGGCAAUUGCAAUUAGGAUGAACAUGAACACCAAAAUAUUAUGAUUGAAAGGCUCUUCAAACCGUACGAUGGUGCUUUAAAUUUCACUGACCAUGAAUUAAUGGAUAUGUAUUGACUGUCAAGGGGCUUCAUUUUGAAUUUGAUCGACAUGCUACCUAUGUUCAAAUCUUUAUCCUUGGCCGAUAAUAUGGAAGAAAACUUCCCAAAAAGGUGGAGUUUCCUCUCGAUUACUGCCUAUGACUCAUCGCUAAAAUUUAACGCCCCUCUUUACUUGUCCAUUAUAGCAAGCUAGCCAGCCCAGUGACAAGUGAAGUGAGACUGCCAUUGUUAAGGAUACAGGAAUUGAGUUUACACUUCUAGUUAGAAUUUUUAAAGUUAAGAUAAUAUACAAGGUCUGAGAUAGGAGAAGACACGACCAUGUUUUUUUCCCUUAUCUUUUAAAAUUUGAGAUAGGACAAGCAGGUAGGACAUUUUGAGGCCCCAGAGUGUAAAGGUGCAAUUAAGAGGAAAAUCGGUGAGCACACUUGCAUAUAAUGUAUAAGGCCAAAUUGGUAGCUGGGACCAGUAAUGAGAAAAAAUACUGUCAUGUGAUGCACAGGAGACGUAUUGCUUGAAUACCUAAAGGUUCAGUUUAGUGGCAUCUAGUGGUGAGGGUUGCGAAUUGCAACCAACGGCUCACUCACCGCUCACCCCUCCAUUUGCAAGCACGUAGGAGAAGCUAUGGUGGCUGACACGCUCUGUCGGCUCUCGUGCUAAAUAAUACAUGUGGCCCCCAUUUGUCCAAAUUUCACCUCUCUUCUUACUUCUAAUGAACCAGACGACUACAACUACUACUACUUCUUCUUUUUCUUUUUCUGUCUACUUCGUACGUAUUGAACAUAGUAGACGAAUAGAAUAGACGAAACGCACUCGGUAGCGUCGUUUGUCCGUUUCGGCUACUGUUGAAACAUGGCUGCGCAACAUGGCGACAUCCAUAUAAGUGUAGAUAGAAAUGUCUCAUUCUAGGGUAAUAAAAACGUAACGGUUUAUUAUGUAAGGUCUUCAUACACCACUGACAACAUAUUCAUGUAUAUUAUGUUGCAUUUCUGUCAAUAGGUCCUCCUAAAUAAGUGUGUCCAAUUCACACUGGACCUUGAAGUAUGAACAGUUUGCUUGCCACUCCGUGGUUUCAGACUCAGUUUAGCAACUUGUUAGCUUAGCUUAUUACAGCUGCACCGGCUGAAUGACAGAGUCCUCCUUUCUUUCAUGUCCAGCCUCUAAUCUAACACCCCACCCAGUUUGUAAUGACACUCGAACACAUUUCUCUAAAGAGUUUAUUAAAUAUAGCUUGUCCUCACUGUUCUUUUUGGUGCCACAUUCAUAUAUGUUACAGGCGGCUUUAUUAUUGGCAUAUUACACCAUAUCAUAUGACUUGGCAUAAAUGUGUUGUGUGUGUCGCCAGUCUUAUCUUACGGCCUAUUAUCAAUAAAACUGCUUGUGACUGAUGAGUGAUUUUAAUAGCCAGUCACGAGGUUUACUGGUAGUUGGUCAUGUUGGUUGAAAAAAAUAGGCAAUGAGUUGCAAUGGCGAAGUGUACUCUGGUGAAUCAUGUCUUUAUCCUGGCUGUGUCUCUAAAUAUUACACCUUAUCCUCGAACUGUUAUGGAUGAAGAGUAAUGUCCUGAAAUAGGCCAGCCUGACUCACAAUAGGCUGCCAUUAAUAAAUAGUACUGUCAACAGCCAUGGAGAGGAAAUCAGACCAGCACUGGCUGUUACAUGAGGUGUCGUUUAACAGGUGUCAUGUCACUGUCGAAGCAAUCCCAGUUCUUUCUCGUUCUUAUUAUCUUGUGUUUCUAUAGGCAGGCAGAUAAUGUGUCCCAGGUUACUUUAUCUAUGCAAUGUUUUCUGUUUCUUUGCAAGCAAAAAACAUUUCGCUUUAGUUGUACUUUUGCAAUCACUUUCCUGCAUAUUUUCACAGACUAUGUUGGUUUCAUUGUCUGCUAUCUGAUUUUGCAACCCACUCCUCAUUUUGGUAUAGAAUUAUGUUGAAAGUCAUUCCCUUAGAUUUCCUGUAAUUCAAUAGCAGUGGGUAAAAAUAUUUGUGGGGGCACAGGGCAGCAGAAACAUUAGAAGCAUAGCUGCAGCAGGAAGUCUUGAGUGAGUGGCCUGAGGCAGUUCUAACAGUUUACCAGAGCUUUAGUCUUAAGAUGCAAGGAAGAGGGGCUACCAUGUUGUUGUGUUUUCCAAAGGGGUAAACUGGAGAGAGACGACUGGAAAAGACACAAGGUGUUCGAUAUUAGUCUGGCUGGAACUAGGCAAAGCAAAGGCUAUAAAGCAGGUUAGCCAUGGAAGCUCUGUCUAAGAUAGUGUAAUUUAGUUUUUCCAUAUAGGGUUUAAGCUCCCUGAAUGGGCUAGCCUCUGGGAUUGCUCCAGUUUCAAAGGUCGUAUGUUUGGGUCACGUCUCCAAAGAGAGCUACUGACCUCCUCUGACUAAAAGCUGAGAUCAGCCUGGAGGGGAAUGUGGGUUGUCACCAGAGCUAUUUUGGCAAUGUACAGCCGCAAAUGAUUGUGAUCACAGAGCAGAGCACGGAGCAGUUGCUUUGCUUUCCUUUUUUUCUUCCAGCAAGUUUGAUCAUGCAGCUCUCACCGGCGCUGCAGGGAUUAGAGAGUUAAAACGAAUGGCACGUCGGCUGCGCUUGCAUUUUGCGUCAAGAAGAAGCAACACGGACCCUCUGUCAGAAAGCCUCAGCAGCCAUGGUGAGGAGAGUGGAGUCAGUGUGCCAGCACGUUGCCCCGCAGAGAUUCUGGCUCACAGUUCUGUCCACUUGAAGGUGACCCCUCUGUCACCAGACUAUGCUAAUUUACAACAGUACUCUUCAGUGUUCUUACCCAGGGUUAACACCGGAGGGGGUAAUAAGAAGAGCGUUCUGCAGAUCUCACUGCAGCCCUGUGGAAAGCUCAGUGGAGCACUGGAUGGCAGUAUAGAGGAUGGUGACCCGGGGGGCAGUGAAGGAGGAGCAGGUAGUGGCUCUGACGGAGGCUCGUGCAGCAGCAGCAUGGCCAGCGAUGCCGGGUACUGUAGCAGCAACAGCAUCUUUGAGCCAGAGGCUCCAGAAAAGCAGAGGACCACCCAGGAGAGUAGUCUACACUGCCGCAAGUCCAAGGUCCCGCUGAGACGAUGUUCCUCCUUGGUUAUAUUUCCAAAGAGCCCCUGCAGCACCCCACCUGCUUCCCCAGUAAGUCCAGUGGCUCUCCCACCAGUGAGGGGGUCUCAUCAGUCAUCUUUUCAGACAUCUGCAAGUGAAUUCUCACAGGAUGAUGAGGAAGUGACUUGCAAAGGGUCCAUCACCACGGCAGUAAGUGGCCAUUGUCUCCCAAAAGGAAGCUGUUUAGCUGAGUUCAGGGACACCAAACACAUGGUGCAAUUUAAUAUUCCUUUACAGGAUGAACCAAAAUGCAAAAUGGAGGACAGGAGUAAAGUAAUGGAACUGUCAUCAACUCUAGACAGAUCUAACCGUCACUCUAGCAGCGUACUGCUGCACUUUGCCCACCAGAGACCAAUGAUGCCCGGGAAGGGAGCUACAACCACGGCUACAGUCAAUGUAGGAUAUGCUGAGGCUCCUAACCCAGCCGCACACCCUAACGGUGAACAUGAACCUCGCAAAAAAUUGUAUCGUAGUACCUCUGCUUGCUUGUUUUCCUCAGCUAAACAAUCGGAGAAAAAACAAAAGGUCUGUUCAUCAGGAAAAGGCCAGGAAAGGCCUGAGGAAAACUACUGUCAUCGCGCAAUACAAAGAAGCUUUUCCCUGGAGGUGCCCUACCCAAACACUGGAAUUUCAUGUCACGUUUCAAAUCCAAAACUCAGUAGCCCUUGCUGUCCACAUGUGCACAUUCAUUUGUCUCCUUGCUGCCCUGUUAAGUUUCCUAGCUCUGUUACUGAUGUAAACACAAGCCACAAAGGAAAUGGCACACCAAAGAGCCCAGGUCAAAACACCAAGGUGAGUGUUAAGUUUCUUAAUUGGAAUUAACUGUUUCCCUUGACCAUCAGGAACAAGCUCACAUUAAUGAAACUUCACAUCUAUCUGAGAGGCAAAUAGCUUUCAAAUACACAUUUGUAAAAUACCUGACUCAUAAAGGCCCUAUGGAGUACUGUGCAGUCAUCUAUAAUGUUGUUUAACCGGUUCAGGUAGAUUACACACUGCUUUGGUUUCACUGCUCAGCUGACACCACUUAGACUUCUACUUUCAUUUACAGAAUAAAAUUAAAAAUGCUGCAAAUAACAAAUACAGUAAUGAAAGAUAUUUUUCAGUAUGGAAUAUAUAUGCUUUGAUAAUGCCGCUCUCCUUCCCUGCCAUUGCAAUUCAAAUCCUUAAAACUCUUUUUACUCAGCGUCAGCCAUUAGGCUCACCACAAGCUAGGAGCGAAAUUCAGUAAGCGAGAAGAUUGCUACAGCUAAGUCAUGCAAUUAACAAGCCCAAUGUGGACAAACAUUCAGAGCUAUUCGGUUACAUUACAGUAAAACCGUUUGAAUAUUGGUUUCCAAGAAAAGCCUGAGUGUGAAGGAUAGGUUGCCUGACUUUCAGCUUGCAAGUGGGUUUGUUUAUUGUUGUGCGUGUGUCAAACGUUAGAAUACUUCUCCAUUUUUAUUAUUCUGUUAGCGCUGUGAGUAAUCAGCUUAAGUAUUUAGCCGGGCUAAUUUUAGUGGUGGGAAAAGCAGUGCCCCUUGCUGAUAUAAAUAAAGUGCCUCUGAAAUAUUCCCCCUGACUCCAGAUAGUCUGCUGGUCUGUAGCACUGCCUGGUCCCGUGGAUUCAAAUUUAACAGCAUGAUACUAGAGCAGCGCACAGUCAUGCCAGCCAUGUGUGGAUGUGGUGCAUGUGUGGUGGGGGAUAAUGUAAUGUAGGCAGGAUGGGAGCGGGAGCCUUUCCCAGUAAAAGGGUGGUGUGUCCCUUCCUUUUGGAUCCCCCUACCAGGCAGUGUUUGUGAUGUAUCAUGUGUCAGCCUCUCCCCCUGCAUUUAGCAGGUUGGCAAGUAAGAAGGUCUCCUCCAGUAAUUAGCCAGUCUAUUUAUUUCUGUCAUCUAAAUUUGUUUUGUAAAUCUAGAUCUCAUUUUCUCACUUUAAAAUGAUCCUGAAAUACCAGUAUCAAGUAUAUUAAUUUCACUUGAGCUUUGAUGUUCAUAGUCCUUCAUGGAUAAUCAGUCCAGUCCUCCUCCUUAGAAGUCUGCAUCAAAUACUACACACCUUUAUUUACAUUCUGAUGGUGUCCAACCACAACAGAGUAACAACACUGUCAUUCACACUGUCAGGUGACGCUUCAAGAAGCAUAUCAUAAUUCAAAUAAAUAGGAAACGCAUCUAAAAGUACUGUAUGCUUAUGUACAUUUUUUUUAAUGGACAGUGAUUUAACUGUCUAAAUGGGGCAAAAUGAGCUUUGUACUCAGAAACGACCUUCCUUUUAUGGCAGUGAUUAAAAUAAUCACCUCAUGCAAACAAACAGUCCAUCAACAAUAUUAAAUAUUAAUUUUAAAAUAGCUACUACAAAAAAAAUUAAGGAGAAAAAUAAACCGCUAUAAUUUUUGCAGUGUAAUAAUUUAGCGAGAUGAUGUUUCAUAUAUAGACUAAAUGUGACAAUUUGUUUAGCAGUAGAAACAGUCUGCUUCACCCAGGUUUACUAAGAAUAUUUUUUCAAAUACUGCUUCAAAAAAGCUGGUAAACUAUAUAGUUUAAUGUGUCCAUUGUGAUGCAGCUGGUU